AGAAUGUCAACUGCAGUGAUUGUGAGUCGCCCUCCGUCCCAGACAGCAUCCUUUCACGGACCCCAACACCCAAAUAGAUGCUCAUUUUCAUCGUCGAGCUCUGAAUCGAUUCCUCCCACGACUGGAAGGGCAAAGGGUUCUUCUGAUUUUGAAGAACUUGAAAUCCGCAUCGACAAAGCCUUGAAAGAACGCGAUGCAGAAUGGAGGAAACAUGAAAAAUCACAAAUCCAAUUUUUACAAAAUGAAACUUCAAAUAUGCUGAAAUCACUUCAUAAUGAAAUUAAUCGCCUCGGAAAUGAGUUACGGGAAGAAAAACGAAAAACUUUGCACGGGGAUGAUGAUUCAGCGGAUAAAAUUGCUGAACUGGAAAAAGUAAUUACGGAAAAGGAAGCUUAUACCAAGAAUUUAGAAAAAAAAGUUUCAACGACUAUUCAAAAACUUCAGGAACAAAUUACUAUUCAGAGUGACCGAAUCCGCCAGCUAAACGAAGAACUCUCUGACCGUAACCAAACCGUAACCCAUCUUUCCCAACAACUCCGUGCCAUCAAACUCCGCGAAGCAAUGGCAACAUCCCAGCAUCGUCGUAGAGCCUCAUCUCAACUCUCCACCACGUCAUCACCACCGAUGACGUCACCAUCCUCACCUCAUCGGAUCUUUCCACCAGUGUCAAGUGGACUAUUAUCAGCUUCUGUUGCUGUAACGUAUCCUGGAAAUUCUAGAAUUAGUAUUCAGAAAAGAUCAACUUCAGCGAUGCGUGCACCGACUAUGCCUAAUUAAGCUUUCAGGAGGCAGGUGCGGAAGCUUAAAUUCAAUGGGUUUUUGAAACCGAUGACUUUUUUAUUGUACAUAUAUACCUCAGUCAAAUGAAGAUAUUCUGAAUUUU